CUUAAGACCUUAGCCAACGCUCACUGUCACUCCUCACACACGUGUCAGCGCUACAGGACUCACUUCCGGUUCAACAUGGCGGCAUCCAUGGCAUGUCAGGCAGCUUUGAGAGGACUCCGAACAGCCAGCACUAAACAACUGCUUGGGAGCCGAAACCAGUUAGCAAGGGUGAGUCCCAGAAGAUGGCUGAACCUGCAGGAGUACCAGAGCAAGAAGCUGAUGCAGGACAGCGGCGUGACAGUCCAGCGCUUCUUUGUGGCUGACACUGCCUCUGAAGCCCUGGAGGCUGCCAAGAGACUCAAAGCAAAGGAGAUUGUCCUGAAAGCUCAGAUUUUAGCGGGAGGAAGAGGCAAAGGAGUGUUCGACAGCGGCCUGAAAGGAGGGGUGCAUUUAACGAAAGAUCCUGCUGUUGUUGGAGAGUUGGCCGGUAAGAUGCUCGGCUUCAGUCUGACCACCAAACAGACCCCUAAGGAAGGAGUGAAAGUGAAAACGGUGAUGGUUGCUGAAGCUUUGGAUAUCUCCAGGGAAACAUAUUUAGCCAUCCUGAUGGACCGUUCCUGUAAUGGACCCGUGAUAGUGGGCAGUCCUCAGGGCGGUGUGGACAUAGAAGAAGUGGCUGCCACCACGCCAGAGCUCAUCUUCAAGGAAGUCAUAGAUAUUUGCGAGGGGGUCCGAGACGACCAGGCACUACGUAUGGCAGCUAAUUUGGGAUUCAAAGGACCAUUGGAGAGACAGGCUGCAGAUCAGAUUAAGCGACUCUAUGAUCUGUUCCUCAAAGUCGACGCCACUCAAGUCGAAGUCAAUCCGCUCGGAGAAACACCUGAGGGACAAGUGGUUUGCUUUGAUGCUAAAAUCAACUUCGACGACAAUGCGGAGUUCAGACAGAAAGCUGUGUUCGCCAUGGACGAUACCGCGGAGAGCGACCCCUUGGAGACCGAAGCAGCCAGAUAUGAUCUCAAGUACAUCGGACUGGAUGGAAACAUAGCCUGUUUUGUUAACGGUGCUGGCCUUGCUAUGGCAACAUGUGAUAUUAUUGACUUGCAUGGUGGAAAGCCUGCUAACUUCUUGGACCUGGGUGGAGGUGUAAAAGAGAACCAGGUGUAUGCAGCCUUCAAGCUUCUCACUGCCGAUCCCAAGGUAGAGGCCAUCUUGGUAAACAUCUUUGGGGGGAUUGUUAACUGUGCCAUCAUUGCUAACGGCAUCACCAAGGCCUGCAAAGAACUGGAGCUCAAGGUUCCCCUGGUGGUUAGGCUCGAAGGAACCAAUGUUCAGGAGGCAAAGCGUAUCCUGUUUGAGAGCGGGCUGCCCAUCACCUCUGCCACCGACCUCGAUGAUGCCGCCAAGAAAGCUGUUGCAGCCAUUGCCAAGAAUUAAAUGCAUAUAUGCAUACACACCAUUAUUACAGUAUACACAAACCAAUAGAGCUGUGGCCAGAAUCACCAUGACACAAACAAACAGAGCCUUACACACUUCAUUCACACACACACGCCUUUCUAAUCUGUCUGCAGAACCACAGCUACACACAGUACCAGCCUGCUAGAGUCACUGGGCAUCUUGUCCAGUUUUUCCAGGGACAACACUGUAUUUGAGAGCCUCUUCUCAAGCCCCAACUUCUCAAAGGGUCUCAAAUGCGAGGCAGUCUUGGGAAACGUGACUUUGCCUGGAGUUAACCUUUUUUUUGUCUGAAAGCAGCCGUUUCUAUAGCUUAAUCAAUAACUCUGUUAUUUUCAUUGCCUUACUCUUAAGUCUUUUUAUGGAAAGUUUCCUUUAUUGAUUAUAAGUAUGAAUUUAUAUUUUCAAAUUAACCUUAAAUAGUUAAUUGCAUUCCAUAUUAAUCCCAAUGGUAAAUCGCCUUAAGUAAACCAUGAAAUAUAAGAGUGUCAUAUGGUGGAAUAGCCUCGUUUUUAUAUGAUUAAACUGUGAAAUACAUCCCAAA